GGCCGCGCCGCUGCCGCCGGGAGCGCCCGGGGCCGAGCCGGGCCGGGCCGGGCUGCGAGCAGAGAGGCUCUGCAUUGACGUCACAAUGACACGGUGAAGCUGAAGGCAGGAGCUGGGAACAGUUCUUGUGCUUCACUUUUGGAAAUUGAGGGAGUCUGCCAUCACUGCCUUCCUUCCAGCAUGGCCAAGAGUGCAGAGGUGAAGCUGGCGAUCUUCGGCCGCGCUGGCGUGGGCAAGUCAGCUCUCGUGGUGCGGUUCCUGACCAAGCGGUUCAUCUGGGAGUACGACCCAACGCUGGAGUCGACAUACCGUCACCAAGCUACCAUUGAUGAUGAAGUGGUUUCCAUGGAGAUACUAGACACAGCUGGCCAGGAGGAUGCCAUUCAGAAAGAGGGACACGUGCGAUGGGGCGAGGGCUUUGUGCUGGUUUACGACAUCACGGACAGAGGCAGCUUCGAGGAAAUGCUGCCGCUUAAGAACUUGCUGGACGAGGUCAAAAAGCCCAAAAACGUCACGCUGAUCCUGGUGGGCAACAAAGCAGACCUGGAUCACUCCAGGCAAGUCAGCACGGAGGAAGGGGAGAAGCUGGCCACGGAACUGGCGUGUGCUUUUUACGAGUGCUCGGCCUGCACGGGAGAGGGGAACAUCAUGGAGGCCUUCUACGAGCUGUGCCGCGAGGUGCGGCGCCGCAAGAUGGUCCAGGGCAAGACCCGGAGGAGAAGCUCCACCACCCACGUCAAGCAGGCCAUUAACAAGAUGCUGACCAAAAUCAGCAGCUAAAAAAGAGCUGUCCUAAGCCAGAGAAGUGUUUUAGACUGUAUUAGCUUGGAGUCGGGAUGGGACAAGCAGAGUUUAGUGAGAAAUGGUCGAAUCUUUGCAAUGAAGAAAAAAACCACAAAAAGACAAACGCCGCCACUUUUUGGAGUAACACGGAAUCAUACUGUUUUCCUGUUUUGAAAUGUAUUUAGCCACACUGCUUCUGACUAAUUUGGGGGGGAAAAAACCAACAAACACCAAAUGAACUCCAAAUGACUAGACAAUUGUGGGGAUUGGCAACCAAGAGAGAAUCUUCUGCUUCUACAUGACUAGCUCCAAUCCCCUGCAAGUCAGCAGUGCCUAAACAUCACUUCCAGCCAGACAGCUGCUCAGUAGCCUUUGGAGAGUAAAAUUCAGCCCUCAGUCCACCAACAACCAUCACAACUAGUGUUCUCCAGGACUGAAUAUGUCUGUGUAGAGGCUGCUGUGUGGAAACAAAGUUCACCUGACACCUUCACCAGCUCUGAGUUGGCUCAUUGUAUGCUUUCACUCCUUCCUUGUUAUUUUUGUCAAAUCCAUGAGUGUUGACGUUCUUAGCAAGGUAUGCAAAAAAUAUAGGAAAGGUCUAUUUCCUAGAAUGUUUAGCCAGCUAGACACACAUUUCAAGAGAGCUAAAGUUCAGCUUCUCUUCCAGCUCCUCUGAAACUGCAGAGUUCUCCAAAAUAAUCAUCGAAUCCAGCAGUAUUUCACCAUUUCCCCCUCAAAGUGCUUGGGGAAAUGGGAGUAAAGUUGGGAAAUCAAACUGAAAAAAAAAAUAAUAAUCAUAUUACUAUUAAUGUAGCUAUGGGUAGUUUUUAGAUUUUUUUUGUCUUUUUUUUCAAUCCAAGUAGUUCUUCUUAGUCUAUUUUAUACUGAAGAAGAACUGAAUCCUUGGGAAGGCAAGUAUUUAAAAUCUAAGCUCAAAUGUAAAUCAGAUCUGAAUUGCCUCUACCAUAUCAAAAGACCAUAAUUUUCAGCUGUUUAAAUUCCCAGAUGCUGCUUGGAGCACUCUGGGGCUCAAAGCAGUGCAGGUUUUUUGUGACUUUUAUCUGGCACAUUGAAGUGGAAAUACAUUUUAUGAGAUUUUGGUGCCUGGGAUAAAAAGAUGUCCAGUGCUUUCCUUCUCCCUCAUCAUCUCAUUUAAGUUUUGCCUCCAGUCUAAUUGGUUUCUUAACUGCUAAAAGAUGCAAGAACCAAGAUUGGAAGCUUUUAAUUCAGAUUGUGCUGGUCUCCCACCAGUGGUGUAGCAUCCCUUUGGGCAGCUCAGACUGUCAACACGUAGAGCCACAGCCAAGGGUUGGGAUGACAAAUUAGCAGUGUUCUCCUUUGAGGAACAGCCCCCAUGGAGUAUUUGCUUACAACUUUAUUCUCCACUGCUUUGUACUUCAUGUGGUUAUUUGUGAAGAAGUGACUCCAAAAGCCUGUCAAAUUCGAAUUGCCACAGAUGUAGGAAAACUGAGUAAAUCUACCUGGCUAGCACUUUGUAAAGCUCUAGGUAGCCACGGUUUUGCCAUUUUUAGUAUUGUAGAAUCAACACAAGUGUAAAAGAGCGAGCUAGUGCCUGUUCACAAACCAGAAUUCUUUAGCUGAGGGACUGAACUUGCCAGCAAUUUAGCUACAUUAGGAGCCAGAGUGGGCAUUUGCAAGUUGAAGCACUGAGGUUCUGUUAUCUUUCAAAUCAGUGCUGGUGCACGAAGUAAACAAAAUCCUUACCUGCAAUCCCAUGGCAACGUAGUCACGUCUUUACUUUGGUGUGCUAAGCAAUUGGUUCAUCCCUCUUAGAAAACCUCAACUGUUCUUUUAUCUGAAAAUCCUUUCUUGGGGUUCAGGUUGGAGCUGCAUUUAAAAUACAAAAACGUUAUAAAUGAAUGACAGGAGAAAAUAAAUAAUCGUAUUCAUAUGAGAAGAGUUGAAAGGAAGGAGAGGCUAAGUUAUGGCUCUCAUACUUUCCAAAAGAUUUCCAGCAAAUUGUAUCUUCUUUAAUAACAUCUGUGUAGAUAAAUUAUAAAGCCCUGGUGAAAAUGAAAAUGUUCCACUGUGCAAACAUCCCUUGUUACAAAAAGAACCUAAAAUAAAAAUAGUAACAUUCCUUUACAAGGACUGAAUUUGAAAGUUGCCAAAGAAGAGAAACACUUGGUCAAAAAGAAGGCUGCCAUUUUGUGACCCUUCCUCCAAAAUUAACACAAACUUCUUUAAUUAAUUGCUCAUUCAUUUGUUUCCCUCUAAGCCAUUUCUGUUGAUACGCAUUACACAGCAUUAAAUGCAACUUGAUCUACUGUUGCUCACAAUGUUGCAACCUAUUACUGGAUAUGUUGUAAAUCUUUCAUAUUCCCACAAUGUGCAAAUUGAGCCCAAAAUUGCCCAAGCAUUGAAAGGGCUGAUUGCAGCAUGAACCCACAAUCAGUAGCCUUUCUGCAGCAGACAUCAGCAGAUUCAAUUCUGUUUCUCCUGCUGCUGUUUAUGUGUGUGUAUGUGACACUAAUAUUGAAUUUCUCCGCCCUCUGCCACUUCUGCAGAGAGAGGAUGGGAAAGAAGAUAAAAAUGAGGAGGAGAGGUGAAAGGGAUACUUGUUACCUUAAACAAGUUGGCUGUCAUUUAUGAAGUUUUUUAAAAUAUUUAUCUUCAAUUGAUGAAGAGUUAGUCAUGCCCGUGCUGCAAGACCUGGAUCAGGACCCAAGACUUCCCUGGAACUCUGAGAAUCUUUGUAUCUGGGGGUUUGAUGCAUCCACAGAUGGAAGAGAGGAUCAGCCACGGGGUUUGCACCUGGAUCCAGACAGGUUGUCCCCAACCUGGGGAUAGUUGGAUCUGGCAGUUUGCUACAAGGCUAGUUGAUUUUUAUAUAUAUAAUGAUCUGUAUGCAUUUUUACAUUAAAAAUAUGAAAGCUUGUGCUUGUAGAUAAUAUAUAAGAAAAAAAAUAAAAAAUAAAAAAAAAAUAUAGUGUUUUCUGUAAUGAACUCACAUAUUGAUCUUCCAUUAGGUAUCUCCAGUGUUCCUUCCAGCUAUUAAGGGGCCAGUUUCAAAAGCUCUGAUUUGGUUCUUAUUUAAUCUUUAUCUAAGGAAAACAAACAGUGAAUUUUACCAGAAUAAGCACUGAAAAAUUUGGUUGAUUUUACUUGAACUAAUUUGGCUGUUAGUCCUGGAAUAGAGAAGUCAAACAGCAUCUACAGUGAGGCACAGCUCCAAAUGUCCUUGCUAACUAUUUCAAGGCUGAUGAAAACAGUUACAGGGUAAGUAACUAACCUCAGUGAAACCCACCAAAAUCUGUCCUGCCAAAUAAAUAACACAGACCUUGAUCCCAAGCUUCUGAGGUGAAAUCCUGGGAUAAGAAGUCUGGGAGAUUUAUGCUGGUGAUUUGGACAGAGGCAACUUUUCACCUGCUGCCAACUCCGCCCCUGUUAAAUGAUAAUUCACUGUUAAUCUGAGGAGGAUGUACAUAAUUUGUACCUUAUGAAAGGUACAUUAUAUGAAUGAUAAAUACUCAAACAGAGCAGGGGUAUUACGCUGUAGCAGAGGAAGCUUCAGCACUGAAAAGGAGAGUUUAAUCCAUUCUUUUUCCCCCCAAACUUGGGCCAACCAAAUGGUGAACAGGAGUGGGGAUAUAAGAAUGGUAUAAGAAUGUCACAACAGGCAGAGCACUGCAUAAAACCUGGGUGAAAACUCCCAACACCAGUCACUGUCUGCCUCUGGAGCACUACAAAGCAGCCUUGAGCUUUGUCAAGCCACAGAACAUUAUUUUGCUCCAGUCAAAAUAACGUCUCCUGCACAGUAAGUAUCUGCUGUCAUAAAGGCUAUGCAUAAACAGUCUUGGGGUUCCUUUUAUCUUUUUCCUUAAUGGCUCAAUACAUAUGCAAAUCUUAAGAAGAAAAAGGAAAAGAGGCUUUAAUUAACAGAGGCUUCCUGGCAUUUUGAUGUAUCUGCCUUUAUGCUCUUAGCAAAAUUAAACAUAUAAUGAAAACAGUGUCAUCCUA